CGUGCUCCUGUCCGCGGGCCUGGCUGCGCAAGUCGUCGUCGUUGGCGGUGGGGGGCGGCUGCCGCCCUGUGUCGUUGGCGCAGGGGGCUGGCGGGACGCGCAUGGCGCACCGCGCUGCCACCCGCUACGGCUUCGAAACAAGUGGCGCACGUACAGUGGCAAACGGCGAGGCCGUACGGGAACGACGCGGAGACGGGAGGCACGGACCGCGAACAACACGAGACGGCGGGGAAGCCCAGGAAAAAGACGCCCCCCCCAGGCAAGCAGACCGUGAGCAGCAUCGGCCGCAGGAUCGAGGCGCGGGUCGUUCACCUCGUCGACGAGAACGGGACCGACCUGGGGCACGUGCACCGGGCCAACGCCAUCCGCAUGAUGGAGGAACGAGGGCUCAAGAUGGUGGCCCUGCGGGAGGACGCCGACCCGCCGUUGUACCGGCUCAUGUCGGGCAAGCAGAUCUACAACGAGCAGCUGAAGCUCCGGCAAAAGCAGCAGGACAAGCCCCAGAGUGGCCAGACGCAGAUCAAGGAAAUUUCAUUCUCGGCCGACAUCGGGAAGAGCGACCUGGAAGUGAAGGUGCGGAAAAUCCAAGAGUGGGUGCUGGAGAAACGACACCACGUGAGGAUCAGCAUCAAGAACACCAAGAAGAACUGCUUGGCGAUGGCAGGAUCUGUGCUGGAGCCCAUCGCAGACAACGCCACGUACGUGUCCGCGCCGCGCACAGUCAACGACGGCGCCACCGUCACGUGCAUCCUGCGGCACAUGUCGGAGCGCGAGCGAGCCGAGCAGCGUCGCAAGCAGGGCGCGGAUGGCGCAAGGGCGACCAAGAGCCAGCCGAAGAGGGAGGCUCACAAAGGGCCAGAGGUGGUGGCAGCACAAGGCAGGGAGACGUCUGGAGAGGAAGCCGACAGCCCGACUGCUGGUGGAAUUGGCUCUACAGCGCAGGAGCAAGCCCCGGAACAAGCCCCAGAGCUUGCCAGCCAGAACGCAGCCGCAUGAGCCCAAAGAUGGGAGAUCUUGACUCUAUAAAAAAAGGCACGGUCGCAGCGCCGCUGUCCACCCCGGGUGCGGACGGAGCGUCCGCUGACCGGGCAGCCGCGUUUGUCUCGCGGCAUCGCUCCUCUGUGGGGUCGCGAGAGCCGCAGCGAAGGCCAGCUGUUUCGGGCGAGCAGCAAGGAGGCGGGGAGCCGAUGCUCGCCUUGCCAAACAGAAUUUCUGGCAAUUCUCCGUGGCACGCUUCAGUCCCCGACACCGCCUCGGAGACCACCGCCGUGUGCCUGGAUCCCACUGAGCCGUGACACCAACGUGCGUCUCCGACAAGUGCGCUUCUUCUGCAAACGUAACGAGGAGGAAUACGUGAUUUUUUUUCUCUCCGUGUAAAGCAUGUACAGUGUAUGAAUAAACAAUGCCGAUGAUUGUUGAACGAUAA